CUUCGGCGGGCUUUAUGUUGAAUAACACGUGGUUCGCUGAAAGCGAAUGCUUUAAAAAAUAUUCAAUUUAGUGCUAUUUAACAAGUCGCGAAAGACUGUAACUAAAAUGGUCUUCAAGAAGUACUUUGCCUUAACCAUUGUUUCCUUUCUUAUAGUGAACACUUUAGGAGCCGCCGUUAUAAACAGGAGGUCGGCUGAUGGUGAUAUAGAAAUUUGCAAAAAGAAUACACCCUGCGGAUGGGGAGUUUACAACAGAUUCUCGCGCUUAGUCAAUUACUUUAUGAAAAAUAACUGCACGUGUCCCAAAGACACAUCGUGCAUUCGAGUGGACGAUGAUAUAUCAACGGCGGCAUUUAUCUACAAGUGUAAAGUACCUAUUAAAGUUGAUAAAGCUAACAGCACAAAGAACAACUAUUAAGAUUAAUAUUUUUUAUAACUUAGGAAAUUUUUUAUACCUUACAAAAAUUUGAAAGAAUUUGUUGCAAUGGUAGCCAGUACUUAUUAUUAUUGUAAACAUGUAGUAUAGGUCUAAUUUAUUGUUUUUAUACCUACUAACCGAAGAAAAUCAUAACAGUAUUAGUUCGUAGUUGUUUACUAGAUGUGUAUUGCAAUAUUGUAGGCCGUAGAGUGAAGACUAGAACCUACCUUUAGCCAAUUAAGUUUGUAAAUACCUCAAGUCAAUACAACAUAGAAUUUAAGAAGUACAUAAUAUAUGCGCUUUAAUUUUUGUAUUUUUAAAAAUGUGUUAGCUUGGAGCUCUGAUGCAGUCCCUGGAAACACGUCAAAACGAAGAUCUAGGAAGUGGAGUAAAAACUUAUCGUUCUACUGCGCUAUUCAGUUUCGAAAGGGACCCACAAAAAUAAAGUUGAGGUUUUACAAGAAAUACUUUUAUUUAUGCAAAUGGAAAUGUUCAUUCUACAAUAUACCUAACGUUAAAUACCUACAACUGAAAUAUUGGAUCUAUAACUUCAUUUUUAGAUUUGUAUAUGAGAAGGUACCAAUUUUGAAAAAAUGACGCUCACUAAUGAUGAAGUGAUAGCAGAGGGAGUUGUGUAUUAACUGAUGCUUCUUCAUCUUCUGACCUUCAUAGCAGUUCUAAAUUCUAAUUAAAGGUCUUGACGCGAUGAAACGUUUUUGUCAUCCCCGCCUUCUGUGCUAUGACUCCAUAAAGUAAUUCGAUCAUACUCCUCAAUAUAUAUACUUUGGAAAAAAGUGUCGAAAGAGAGCAAAAUUCAACGUAAUUCUGAAUGUUAUUAUUAUUAUUAUUAUAAACUUGUGAAAAAUAAAUCCGUAUUUUUUUAUUGUACCUAAUUUAAAAUGCAAGUCAAAAAUGGAUAGAUAGGUAAUUUGAAUAAUUAAAUUUAAUAGCUGCUUAUUCAAUAACAGUGUUCAAAAGUAACAAAGAUGAAAUAAAAUAGUAAUUCUGUUUAGAAGUUUA